AUGUCUCGUAUUCCGAUACCCGCUCAUCAUUCUCCUUCGCAGUCGCGCACGGGCAGCGCAGCCAACCGGCCCAUUUCCCCUGUUCCCUUUCCUGUAGAGCGCGCGGCUUCGCCUAUACCCACUUCUCGGCAUCAAUCGAGCUCAUCUAUGUCUACUUUGUCCGGGCACCACAGUUCCGUCGCUGAAACGCGGAAAAAACAGUCUAAGAGGGAUGAGGCCAUCCGAAGAAAGAUUGAGUCUGAGCUCGCAAGGAAGCGCACUAUCUCUACGACCAAUAACCAACAAUCUUCGCGUAGGGGACGCGGAAAGACUGCUCAGAAGGGCACUGUUGCUGCACUCAAGCCCAGUCCUGCUCUAACUGUUCCCGAGAACAUCACGGUCUCCGAGGCCAGUCAGUUGUGUGCAGCCAAGAGGACUGACUGCGUGCUGGUUGUGGAUGAUGAUGAGGCCUUGAGCGGGAUCUUCACGGCCAAGGAUCUGGCAUACAGGGUGACUGCUGAAGGGCUUGAUCCCCACAUAACCCAUGUUAGUCAGAUUAUGACACGGGAGCCCAUGGUCACGCGCGAUACUACUAGCGCUACGGAAGCUUUGCAGCUGAUGGUGCAAAGGCAUUUCCGUCACCUGCCCGUGUGUAACGAAGAGGGGAAUGUUGUGGGUCUCUUGGACAUCACCAAGGUAUUCCAUGAAGCUCUGGAGAAGGUGGAACGGAGUUCCUCAGCUUCAGAGAAGCUCUAUUCUGCUCUUGCCGGCGUUCAGUCAGAGCUUGGGCCUGGGAUGGCUCAUAACCCGCAGACGGCAGCGAUGCUGGCGUAUGUGGAUGCCCUGCGCGAGAAGACCGCGCUCCCCGAUCUUACGUCUGUCAUGGACUCACGAACAGAGCCGGCUACGGUUGGCCCCAAGACCACAGUCAGAGAGGUCGCAAAGCUUAUGAAGGAGAGAAGAACGACCGCUGUUUGUGUUAUGGAGAGUGCUCCUACCGCGCCCGGCGCCCCGCCCGCUCCUCAAAGAAUUGCCGGAAUAUUCACCAGCAAAGAUAUUGUCCUGCGAGUCAUAGCUGCUGGUCUGGAUGCGGGCAGAUGCAGUGUUGUUCGGGUGAUGACACCGCACCCUGACACCGCAUCUCCUACUACUACGAUCCAUGACGGUCUCAAGAAGAUGCACAAUGGGCACUACUUGAACUUGCCCGUGGUUGAAGAUGACGGUCGUCUUAUCGCCAUAGUCGACGUUUUGAAACUGACAUAUGCAACUCUCGAGCAGAUGAACGCCAUGACUGCUGAGGCUGCUGGAGAGCACGGGGAUCAAGAGGGUGGGCCCAUGUGGGGACGUUUCUUCGAGUCCUUGGGACACGAGGAUACGGAUUCUGUGCUUUCCGGCUCGCACAUUCCCAGUCAGCUUGAUCGAAACUCGUCGUUCAACCUCUCGCAUGUUCAGUCUCCCAUGUCCGAAGUGCAUCCCAAUGAUUCGGCCUCUGUGGUGGAUGAUGAGCCCAAGAACGGCACUGCUUCGAUUGCUGGACACCCGAGCGCGUUGCCUGUCGACGAUGGGACUUAUGUCUUCAAGUUCCGCACCCCCAGUGGCCGAACGCAUCGUUUCCAAGCAAGGAACGACAGCUUGGAGACGCUGAGGGAAAUCGUUACUGGGAAGCUGGCCAUUGAUCCCUUCUUUACCGACUUCCGGUCCACGGACGAAAGCGCGGUCGCUCCGGAUCCCAUGGACUUCCAGCUGUCCUACACAGAUGCUGAUGGUGAUACCGUGCUCAUGACGGCAGACAAUGAUGUCGUGGACGCGGUGAAGAACGCUCGGGCGACUGGGUCAGACCGUGUUGUCCUCAUCCUCCAAGGGGGUAAAGCGUGGGCGGAUGCAGGGGCUAACAAGAGCGAGGAACGAGCUGCAGCUGUCGCAGCCGCUGCCAAGGAGGAAACUAAAGAGGUCGAAAAGGCUGAAGCAACCUUGCCGGAAGGUGUUACUUUCACGCCGCCCAACCAUAUCCAUGUUCCCGAGCAAGAGCUGGUACUCGGCAUGCCAAAGGACUUACUGUUGCCGGCGAGUAUAGGUGCCCUGGCGGCGGUGAUCCUCGGCGUAUUCACGAUCUCUCGCCUUACAAGAGACUACUAAGUCUACCACGUCAAGGCUUCUCGGUUUGUAUCUUCACGCUCGUUGAUACUUGGUAAUGAGGAGAACACUAGUUAUGUUAGUCUUCAUCUUCGACGGAAUUGGAACUCAUGCAAACGAAAGCAACGAUAUCUAAUGACAUUCAUAUUGCCUCUU